UUUAACCUAGGAAGAAACCAAAUAAACAAAAUCAUGGCCAGCAAAAAAGCUGAAAAUGUUAGUGAGGGCGCGUCCCCCAUCAAAGUUGGAAAUCCUGAAUCGAAUGCACCUUCAGGAUCUGGUGAGGACCAAGAACUUGAUGAUCUGUUGAAUGAUGCUAUCGGUGAUUUUGAAAAACCUGCAGCCACAAAAGUGGGAGCUCCGUCCGAGGGAGCCGUGGGACCUAACACCAACAAUAAGUGGUUAGAUGAAUUUGUAGAACAUGUGAGUGAGAAGUUCAACGGUGAAAUUAAAGAAUAUUUAGAAAAGAUGGGGGAUGGUAAAGACCUGUCCGAACUUCUAGCUCCCGAAGAAUUCAAGAAAAUUUUAGAAAAUACUUCCCAGCUUUUGGAAGGAGAGACCAGUGAUAACUCUCCCACCCCGGAAGACCUUAAAGAAACAAUAUCAGAAACACUUCGUAGUAUAUCAGAAGGUAUUGAUAACCUACAGUCAUCUUUACCCGAUGAGUUGCCAUCAAUGUUUAACGGUAUGAAUUUGAACUCGGACGAAACACUCGUGCCUUUCGUUCAAAACAUAAUGGAAAUGUUCCUGUCAAAAGAGGUCCUACAUCCAUCAAUGGAUGCCCUAUGCAAAACUUUUCCAGAUUGGUUGGAAAAAAAUAAAUCCUCUCUCUCUCCGGAGGAUUACGAUAAGUAUAAGAAACAGUAUGAACUGAUGUUAGUCAUUGUUAAGAAAUUAGAAGAGGAAAACCCUGAUGAUUCAUCAGAACUGAAAAGAGAAAGAUUUAUACAAUUGAAAGAUUUAAUGCUAGAGCUUCAGAAGUUUGGACACCCACCUAAAGAUCUAGUCGCGGAAUCAGGAGUUGCUCCACUCGAUAUGAGUGCAGCACCGCAGCUACCUAUGGACCUUGAUCCUUCAAAGUGUACUUUAAUGUAACUGUUUGCUUUUUAAAAUCAAGCAAGAGUUCUCUUUAUUCCUUAUACCUCCUCUGAAAUAGGUUUGCCUUCUUUCAAUGUAUUUUCCGCGCUUGAUUCCACUCUUAGAAAACUGAUGCUGUCCCCUGAAAGUGUAAAAUGCGGACCUCCGUUUCAGCUAAAGUUAGCUUUCUGACCAUUCUGAGUUGAAUCUUUUGGCCUUAAGCCUCCUCGAUUAUGAACUUUGGAUAGUUCAACAUCUUUCUUUUCCUGAACUGGUUUAAAAUUUUCAUGUUUUGGGUGUGAAAAAUUGCGGCUGUGCAUGAGUUUCGUAAAGAGAGGAAAACUUUUUAAAAGUUGAAUCUUCCUCUGUUUCCUGUUCUUUGUUAUUUUAUCAAUCUUUAAGCAAAGAUUUUUAUAAAUCCCCUUUAAGUAUCAUUUUAAUCAGGCAGAAUGAUUUUUGCAAGAAAAAUUGAUUUACUUAGGUUUUAUUUUAAGUUCCUUACCUCAGUUCGUACUUUCGGUAAUCAUUUUAAGUUUACAUUCUUAAAUUAAAUCAUUUAAAAAAUUAGAGUUAAAAGAAAGCUGCUGUAUUCAUUCAACUCGACUGAACCUUUCAGCAAAACCUUUGUAAUUUCAUAGCUUAGCAGGAAUUUUAUUCACAUUCAUUGCCUUUGAGGCCUUGACAACAUUAUUUUUUUGACAGAAAAAAAUAUAUUUCCUUUAUGAAGACUUCAAAAAAUAUAUAUGAACUUUUAAAUUGAAAAAGGGGGUUCCUAAGGUUUUCCUAAAAAAUAUAGGUAUAUUUUAAGUUUAUCAGAUUGCCAUUUCUAAUAUAUAUGUUCAUUGUACAAGGAUUUUGUUAAGCCACUAAAUUCAACCACGAUUAUUCUAAGAAUAAAGUGUCCUCUGCUGUAUCGAAAUUUGAUACUUAAUGAAUAAGUUCAUGAACCAAAAAUUUUUAUUUUAUAAGUUGGGAGUGUAGUAUCAUUCUGAACUAAGUAACGUAGGUAACUGAGAAUAUUGCUUGUGUUCUAAAAUUGUUGAAGAAACUGUUCACCCGAAGCUUUUAUUCAGAAGUACUCAAAUGAAAUUUCUAGAUGACCAUGAACCUCAAUGUUUUAUUUGUGAAAUAGUAGUGAGCCCUCAUGGUGUUCCGCCCAAAAAAUAAGAUUGAAAUUUAUCCCCUGUUCGUUUCUCCACCUAAAUCAAGCAUAGUUCUUCAGGAACAUUUUAUUUUAAGAAAUAUUUUGCAUCAAUCGAAUGCAAGUAUAUUUAUUUAAGUAGGUUGUAAUUUUCUUGAUGGAUUUCAUUAUACAUAUGUUACGUGCAGAUUGUGUUGUCCAGUGUAGGAACUGGGCAGGUUUUUGCCCAAUGCAUGAAUCGUGCGUGGCUGUUGUUCAAAUCGUGAUAUAGCACACAUUUGGCUCAUUUCAUCAAAGAGAGUAAAAUAAAAAUUAGUUACAAAUAAUGAGCAACUCAUCUAGUUAUGAUUUGUUCAUCCUGACCUGAAGAAGUGAUGUGCUAUAUCAUGAAUAUGCUCAUUUUUUAAGCAUAUAGAUUGAUAAGUGUGUUCACGUUGUAUUUUGCGGGACGCCAUUUGCUAAAUUUCCCAGCCCCACUUCGAGAAAUGGGAAAAAUUAGUGAUAUUUCAUGAUUUGGGUAACAUCUGUGCACAAUGCACAAAUGUAACACAAGUCGCCAAGUUAAUUGAUUGUCGAUGACCAAAGUGCAAAACCAUGAAUUUCCAUUGCGGUGUUUCAUUUGCCCUUUUGUUUUAUUUUUUCAAAGAGAAACAAGCCAACUUUAUAGCUUGAAAUGUUUGCAAAAUAUUCUGCUAACAUGAAAAAAAAUCAAGAAAGUUACUCAAGGCAUUACGUUGACUAGCUGUCUAAAGAAAAAUAGAGUAUGACAGAAAGUCUGCAGUGUCACAAAAGGAGACAAAUGGUUUCACACUCUGGCCAUUGAUAUGAUCAUUGGUAAACUUAUACUUAUCCUCCUUGUUCACCUAAUGUCUUGAGUGUAUCAGUUGUCAAAUGCAUAUGCUAUGAUAGUGUAUUUAUACUUGAUGAUGACUGUGAAAGACAUCAGGUAAGCAAGGAAAAUAAGUAGAUGCUACUUUAUUUGUUGUACGAAGAGCUCGUGUCUGUGUGCCAAACUCCAUGAUUUUAGCCUUUCGAAAAUAUCUGAAGCAUUCUCAUGUUAAGAAGGAAAACUUACUUUUUGCAAAGUUUAAAAUCAAGACAAGACAAAUGAAACACCCAUGCCUAAUAAACUCUCUACAACUUAUUUGACAAAUUGUCAUUUCUUGUUCGAAGGAACGACUCUCAUCUGCACUGUCUCACCAUUUCUACAAACAUUUUAUUUUCUUUUGAGAGAACCAUGGCACUAAGUCUGAUAAUUUCAGUGUUCAUUCUCACAUGUGUAUGAAAGAAUCCAUGGACACUAUUCAAACUCAUGCGACAGUUCUCCCAUGAAAAAAUGUAAUGUCUUUAAAAAAUACUGAAACAGCGCAAUGGAGGUACGUUCUUUUGUACAAGAGAGGGCAAAAUCUUGUAGCAGUACUUAUGUAUUCCCCAAAACGAGGAGAAUGAUUGACACUCUCCUUUGUAUUUCCUUUUAGUGGAACAGAAUAGAGGCCAUUUUCUUUUUUUGUGCAAUGGAAUAUUAUAGUCUGUGAUAGUUUCCCAUGACAAAUUUUAAGUACAUAUCAAAGGUGAAACUCCCAAACCACAUAUCUCAGUUGGCUACCUAUUGUACUUUAUUCUUUACCCGCUAAAUCACUCAACGUAAACUCUUGAAAUCCUCAGUGCUUUUUCUUCUCUGUGCGAAAAAUAUUCUGUUAAAAUUUCAAAGAAUCAUGUUGAGUCGUUCUCCUUUAAGAAAAUAAAAAGGGAGCAAAGAUUUUGAAAAACUGCAAACGAGGCACAUGGUUUGGGUGUUUUGCGGAUGAUAUGAGAUCAGUUAACAAUGCAAGCUAUUUUGAAAGAGGAGGUAGGGACUCCUUAAUUUCAUGACUUCACUGACCAACUCUUCCCAGGAGGAAUCAAGCUGAAUCCAAUGAGUUUUAAUUCUGUCUUGUCAUUUAUUUUUGUAAAUUUAUUCCCAUUGGUGCAGUUUAGUAUUUCUAUAUAGUGGCUUUAGGUUCAUAAGUUCUCGGCAUUUUUUACACCUAGGUAUUCCAAACUCCUGGUUUUGUUAAUUUUUUUUUCUUGAGUAUUUUUACUUUUCACUCCUGUUUGUUGCCGUAAAUUAAAGUAUACCUAACCAUAGUUUUCUCCGUUAUUCAAAUUUCAUUUUCAUAAUACUGGGCCGGAUUCACGAUUAUGCCGCUGUGGGCUAAUACCUUAGAUUUCACUAGGUAUGACCUCCAAGUCUUUACUUUGUGAUUAUGUGAUCAACAGCGUAAUAAGGUUGGAAAAAAAGAAAAAAAGGUAAUGGAAUCGGUUACCUCAUUUCUGAAAUUUGCUACUCGAAGCUAUAGCCUUUAUUAUACCUCCCUUAAUCCAGCCCUGUCUUGGAGUACUCAUUUUACUUAUUCAUAUUUGGGUAACAUUUGGUGUUGUUUGUAGUUUUGUAAGAUCAAAAUUUUUACUGUUUUCUACUUAUUGCUUACUUAGAAUUUAAAAUUUUGAAAUCUGGGUUCUUAAUUUUCUUAGUUAUUUGAUUAAUAAAUUUCAUCUGAAUUACAUACAUA